AGAGAGCGCUGUGCACCUGACUGGAAGUACUUCAGUGGGAAGUGCUACUUCUUCUCCAAUGAUAAGAUGAACUGGAAUGAUAGCAGAGAUGACUGUGUGACUAGGGGAGGAUACCUGGUGAUCGUAAACAACGAAGCUGAACUGGAAUUUGUCGCGAAGUAUGGAGACAACCACUUUAUUGGUUUAAAUGAUAUUGCUCAAGAAGACCUUUUUGUUUGGGUGGACGGCACACUUGUGGCAGACCAAAGGUUGUGGCUAAAAGGUGAGCCAAAUAACGGUGGGAAACAAGGAGAGGAUUGCGGCAAUCUUUAUAAGAAGAAACUCAACGACGCAAGCUGUGCUCAACAUUCCAAGCGAAUCUGUGAGAGCAAAGGUUGUGGAGUCUAAGUGAAGUUGUAGAGUUUUAGAUGUAAUAAGAUCAGUAGCAGCAAUACGUAUUUUAUGCCAUUUAAAAGUGUUGAAGUGUCACCGCCUCGGCCAUAGCUCAAACGGCUAAGGCCCAAGGUUCCAUUGCAGUUCCAGCCCGAGGUCAUUUGCCAAUUGUCCCCCAGUUCUCUCUCCCACUCAUUGCCUGUCCCACUCUUCACUGUGCUGCCCUAAAUACCCCCCCCCCCAAGUGUUGAAAUGAACAUGUAUUGUGAGGGACACUGGUGAUGGAUGGUUUUGUUUCUGUAAACAUACCGUUACUAAUAUGAAUCCAUAAAUAUACAUAUGAUGGGAUCUAUAAUACUUCUGUGUAAUCUGCAAUAUGUACUUGAUUUUGGUGAGACAUGGUUGACAUAGUAACAUAUUUGUUUGAUAUGAGUGAUGUACAUUUUAAAAGGACAACAAAAUGUUGCAAUUGAUUGUGAUGGAUGAAUUAAAAAAAAAAAAAUUGUAAACAUGUUUUACUACAAAUAAAUCUAUAAAUGUAAAU